GUCGCGUUACUAGUGUGACCUUUGGUGUAGGCCGUCACCUUUAUGAGCUUACCACAUAUUAUAAGAAGGUCGUAGUUCUACAACAUUCAAGUUGUAGUCGUUUCCUAAAAACCUGUCUUUUGUUGUGUCGAAAUUAUGCCGAAAGUAUUCAGACCAUCGAUAAAACAAAUCAAGACACAUAUAAAAACAAAUGAAGUUGAAACUCAAGAAAUCAGACCUAAUCAGGUGUCCGACUCCAAUCCAUCCAAGGAGUCAUCACCCUGCACUAUUACAAGUGAACCAAGGCCAAGUUCACCACUUCCUUCACAGAAUACGUGUGAAACUCCUAAAACAGCUACUCAGAGAUUGAUGAACCCUGACCUAGAUGUCCAUGUUAAUCCUGAAAGGCCUCACCAAGUAUCCAAGGAAAUAGAAAACCUAUUUGUUUCUAAAAAACCUCGCAAAACUAAAGUCAAGACAACCGAAGUACUACCUCCUGUAGAUCAGCCUCUUGAUCGAGCUUCUGUCACUCUUCGCUCCUUACUGCAUUGGGUCCCUAUAAAUAAACCACCUCCGACUUAUCGACAGGAGCGUCUUAACUCCACUACCUGUUCACUAAGUGGGGACGUGGAAGCAAGUGAUAAUGACCUCAAAUCAAAUGACAAUAAUACUGAAACUCCUGAUUUAAAUGAAAAUUCCCCAAAGUGUCCAUCCAGUGAUGUUUAUUCGGACCCAUUAGCUCCUCAACUACGAAUCGAUGCUAAUGGAAAUAUUGUGUUGGAUGAAACCAGUUUAUUAGUUGAAAAACGAGAGAAUUUCUAUACAAAAACUUUACGGCAUAUUAGUGAAGAAACUGGCAUACUCAGUGUUGACUAUAGGAGUUUCCGACCUCCUCGUGAUGGCCAUGGAAGAAAAUGGACAGAGCGUGAGACUACACGAUUCUACAGAGCAUUGAGUACUAUUGGGACUGAUUUUUACGUGAUGGAGAAAAUGUUCCCUCGCCGGAAGCGGUCAGAACUUGUUAGUAAAUUUAAACGAGAAGAAAAACGCAACCCUUAUCUGGUCAACCAAGCAUUACGAAACCGUCGUACUUACGAUCUUAUUAAUCUGUUCCCGUCAAGUGAUGAAGAAGAAAAUGCGAGACCCGAUAAAUCUUCAAAAAGUAGUAGGAAAAAAUCUAGAUGUGAUCAAGACUCAAUCGAAUGUAACGAACAGUCAUGUAAUCAAAAUCUUGAUGCAACAAGUAAACCAAAAUCGCGAAGAAAAAGCCUGCUUCGUAGAGAUCCAGAUUUUGAGCGUCACCUUUCAGAAACAAUCGACUGUGUUUUAUCUCAAUUUACGAAUUCCGAUGCUGGCAACCGCAAGUGCCAGUUGACUCAACGUACUGGUAGUGACCAGCAGUGUAAACAAAAUACUAAUCACCGGUAUGAGUUUAGGCAUUCCUCGCGCAGUAUCCCAUCUUUACAACAAAUGAUUUCAAUAAAGGAAGCAGAGCUUGCAGCGUCUGAAAAAGAUAACCUUGAGACUGUUAUGGAUUCUCCUCAAACUUCUACAACUUCAGAAGGCAACCCUGUAGAUACCUCAAAAGAAAAUGUUUCUAAACCUCCCAAGUCCUACUAUCGCCCGAAAAUUGAUCUUUUCAAACUCAGUGAAACCAUUUUGGGUGAAUCAUGAUUUUUCUACUUCUGUAUAUUUAUGUACAUAAAAUAUAUUCCCAGUUGUUUGCUGCUUU